AUGGCCGAGUUCCCAGCCAAAGUCCGCACCCAGACCAGCACCCCGGCCGGGGCGCACGGCCCGCUCCCCGCGCUGCGCUCCCUCGCCCUGGACCUCGGCUUCCUCCGCUCCUGCCUCGGGCUGCUCAUGAUCGUGGAGCUGGUGCUCGGCUUGCUGGUGUGGGCUCUCAUUGCCAGUACAUUUUACCAACCCAUUCCCGCAUAUGGCUGGGUGCUGUUUGUAGCCAUCUUUUUCUGGCUGGUAACAGUCAUUCUGUUUGUGAUGUAUCUACUACAGCUUCAGAUGAAGCUCUACAUGAUCCCCUGGCCUGUUGUGUUAGUGAUAUUCAACGCGGCUGCGACUGUCCUGUACGUGACUGCGUUUAUUACGUGCUCCGCCGCCGUUCAGUCUCUAUUCAGGCUGCCUGGGGACUACAAUAAAAGAGCAGCUGCAUCAUUCUUUGCCUGCGUUGUGAUGAUAGCCUAUGGGGCGAGCACUUUCUUCAGCUUCCAGGCAUGGAAAGGAUUUGGCAGCAAUGCAGCAACCAGUCAAGUGACUAACUAA